UGCAUUUAGUUUUCAAUUCUGUAAUAAUCAAUCAGCUGUUAUGUUGCUGUUAAAUGUUUAUACCAACUGUCAUCACAGCUACCCCCACUCUUGACUGAGGAUCUUUGAUGUACUUGCUUAACAGUUGACACAGUAAACCAUGCCAAAGGACCCUGGUAAAGGAGGGAAAGGACAAGUAAAGCCAGUAUGAUCUUUGUAUCAGGAGGUGAAAAGUCCUUCGCUAACAGAUAAAAAAUGGCAAACCAAGCCAACCGGCAGAAAAACAUCCUUAAGUACCACACCCAAAUGGUUAUAACACUAAGUGAUAUGUUUUCACUUCAAUCUAGCAAAUGGCAUUCUAUUUGCUCUCAAGUUGAAAUGAUGAAAUAUGUCACGACCAGAGAUAUGGGUGAUGUAAAGAGCAUGCAGGAUCUGUGUAAAGCCUUGAUGGAGAGUGGAACUAUUGAUUAUGGGGAGUACAGUGAUUUACGUGAGAUCCUUGUUACUUGUAAUGUGGAGGCAGGGAAAAUAAUUGAUGAUUAUACAGAGAAAAUUCGCCAGGAAAGAGAAGGACAACCAGAAGCCAAGCGACCGAGGACAGACGAAGGUGUAGGACAACAACAGUCCACAGAGUUCAGUCCCAAGAUAACAGUCUUGAUAGAGAGAACCAAAGCCAUGAUUGAAGAAGAUAAAAAGAGAACAUUUAUAGCCACCAAGGGUUUCCAGGAUGCUAAAGAAAAGCUACACAAGAGUCAGGUUGUUGUCAUCAAAGGGAACACUGGAGAUGGUAAAACAACCACAGCCAUUCGUCUCAUUCUUGGGCUGAUUGAGGAGCAGCGAGGCCGACAACCACUCGAACUUCAUAACAUUGAAGACCUGGAUUCAUUGCCUCCUAAAUCAAAAUUAAUUACCUUUAUUGAUGAUAUCUUUGGAGAGAGAGUUGCGCAUGAAAAAGAUGUAGGAGAGUGGAACAAAAGGAUUAAAUCUGUUCUUCCAACAUUAUGUGGGGAUAAACCUACCGAGGCAAAUUUCCUUCUCAUUACAAUUCGAAAUGAGGUUUUUAAUUCUUUGAGAAGCCACUCUUUAGAAAAUGUGUUUGUUGAUUCUAACAUCAUUGAUCUGAGCUCUAAUAAUUUCAAAAUUAAAGAAGAAAAGCUGGAACUUUUAGAGUUAUACAAACCUAAAAAGGGUGAGUUUUCAUGGAAAGAAAAUGAAAAAGAAGAAAUUGUCAGAUAUGCCACAGGUAUUGGUUUCCCACAAUGCUGUAGGUUGUUCAGAGAUAUUCCUGAAUUGCAGAAAGAAAGGUUUAAUUUUUUUAAGAGGCCUUUUUAUUUUUUGAAUAGUGUCUUGUCAAAACUGGCAGAAUGUAAUGCCCUAUUGUUUCUUUUCCUCAAUGAUGGGCAUAUUGAAGCAAAGGAUCUUGAUCCUAAUGGUGAAAAGGUCAACAAAACAUUGCUGGGAGAAGCAUUUGAUAUUGAUUUGAAGGAUGUUGGGGAAGACAUGUCGGCAUGGAAGGAUAAGCAAAAAAUUGAUUAUGUGCGGAAAAGUUUAGACACUUUAUCAGGAUUUUUAGUGGUAAAGCAGCAAAACUGGUCUGGUGAUGGUUUUGAGUACAGAUUUGCUCACGACUCUAUACGCGACACAUUGGCACUUCUGUAUGGACAAAUCACACCGAUUGGCUACAUAAAGUAUUGUCCAAGAGAUUCGUUGAGUCUUUUCACAAUAUCGAAAUCAUCUCCGGACAGAAUUAUGUUAUCACCUGAUAAUUAUGAAUACAUGUUUGAACGUAUAUGCAAAGUAUUCGAGACAUCUAGGUUUGAUCACUAUUAUGGUGUUAGUUUUCUAGAUGUAUGGACUGAUAGACAGUUUAUAGAAAGGUUUGUCAAGUGGUUAAAUGAUAAAAAUAUUGAUCAAGUUGAUGUGUUAAACAAAGCAAGCAGUUCUGGUGUGAAUCCUUUUGUUUUAUAUCUUCUUUCUGAAGGUGUCAAACCUGACAAGGACACAGAUUGGUUCUCAUUGCUUACAGGAUUUAGGUAUGAUGAUGUGGAUUUCCUGAAGAAAGUUUUUAUAUACAUGAACGAUGAGAUGAAACUUGACUUGUUAAACAGAAUAUGUUCAUGUGGUUUUGUCAAGUGUGUUUUGUAUCUUCUGUCUCAGGGUGUAAAACCUGACGAGGACACAGAUUGGUGGUCAUUGUUUAAAAAAAGUUAUGAGGAUGAUGUAGAUAUGGAUGAUGAAGAUAUGGAUAUUCUGAAGAAUGAUGAUGAAGAUAUCAGUGUUCUAAAGAAAGUUGUUGUAUACAUGAAUGAUGAGAUGAAACUUGACUUGUUAAACAAAGCAUGUUCACAUGGUUUUGAGGAGUUUGCUUUAUAUCUUCUGUCCCGGGGUGUCGAACCAGACAAGGACACAGAUUGGUUCUCAUUGAUUGCAAAAGUUGUCAACAUAGUUGGUGAUAUACAAGUAGAUUUCGAUAUUCUGAAGGACGUUUCUAAAUACAUGAAUGAUGAGAUGAAACUUGUCUUGUUGAAUAAAGCAUGUGUAUAUAGGCUUGGUGAGUUUGCUUUAUAUCUUCUGUCCCAGGGUGUUGAACCAGACAAGGACACAGAUUGGUUGUUAAUGAUUACAAAAGUUGACAACAUAUAUGAUGAUACACAAAUAGAUUUGGAUAUUCUGAAGGACGUUUUUAUAUACAUGAAUGAUGAUAUGAAACUUGACUUGUUAAAUGAAGCGUGUUCAAGUUAUGAUCGUCAUUUUAGUCCAUGUGGUCUUGUUGAGUGUGUUUUUUAUCUUCUGUGUCAGGGUGUCAAACCUGACGAGGACGCAAAUUUGAUGUUUUUGAUUGGGUGUAAUGUGCAUAUUCUGAAGAAUGUUUCGAUACACAUGAAUGAUGAGAUGAAACUUUACGUGUUAAAUGGAGCGUGUUGCUAUUGUUUAGAUGAAUGUGUUAAAUACCUUCUAUCGGAGGAUGAAGAAUGUGAAGAGAACACCCCAUUCUGUGUGGUGAAGACAGGAAAUAUUAAUAUGCUUAGAAAUAUUAUCAGUGUUAUAAAUGAUGAGAUCAAACUUGUCUUGUUAAAUGUUACAUGUUACAUAGGUUUAGAAGAAUGUGCAUUAUAUCUUUUAUCCGAAGGUGGUAAACCUGACAAGGACACACCAUUCUGUGUGGUGAGGGGGGGUAGUGUUAAUGUGUUGUGUAAACUGCUGCAGUAUGAUGUCAUUCCAACAGCGAGGGCAAACCAGUCAAAAUCAUCACAUUAUGUUUAUAAGGUCCUAUGUAAGGCGUGUAGGUAUGAGAGAGAAGAGAUGGUGACCAUGCUGAGUAACACUUAUCCAGAGUUGGUACAUGAUACUGAUGUAUGGGGACAAAGCCCACUGCUAUUGACAGCAAGCAUAGGAAACUGUGGUAUAUUUCACACAGUGGAGAGAGUUAUACUUAAAUCCUUAUAUAGAGUUGAGGAUGAACGACACCAGUGUGAGUCAGUAGAUGGUCGUGUGGUUCAUAGGAACUGUGUGUGUGCUCAGUACAUGUCUCAGUUAGUGGAUCAAUCCGGGGAUACAAUUUUGAAUAUGAUUUGUAAAAGGGAGCACACAAAGCUUUGUGGAUAUAGUUGUGUGGGGGGACAUGGGGACAUUUUCAAAUAUUUGUGUCGGUCGUACCCAGCACUAACCACAGUUGUAGAUCAUUCUGGUUGUCACUUUCUACAUCAUAUGGCUAAGUUUAUAUCAGAUGUAAGCAUGUUCACCGAGUGUGAAACUCUGGUAAAACAAUACCUAGAGUCAACAGGACGCAUGUAUGACGUCACAACAAUACUUGACAAUAAAGGGAGAACAGUGUUACAUGUGAGUUGUGUGUGGGGACACAAGGAGCUUUGUGUGUAUUUGUGUGAGUCGUACCCAGCACUAACCACAGUUGUAGAUAAGGAUGGCAGAACCGUGUUACAUGUGAGUUGUGAGGGGGGACACAUAGAGAUUUGUAAAUAUUUGUGUCAGUCAUACCCAGCACUAACCAGAGUUGUAGAUAAGGAUGAGAAAACUGUGUUACAUGUGAGUUGUGAGAGGCGACACAGAGAGUUUUGUAAAUAUUUGUUUAAGUCAUAUCCAGCACUAACCACCACAGUUGUAGAUAAGGAUGAGAAAACUGUGUUACAUGUGAGUGGUGAGACGGGACGCAGAGAGAUUUGUAAAUAUUUGUGUCAGUUGUGCCCAGAUCUUACUACAGCUGUAGAUAAGGACGGCUGGCAUUGUCUACAUUAUAUAGCUAGGAAUACGUCUAAUGUCAACAUGUUCACCGAAUGUGAAAUUUAUAUAAAACAUUACCUAGAAUCCUUAGGAUUGAAAUAUGAUGUCAAAACCAUUCUUAACAAUAGUGGGCAAUCUGUUUUGGAUUUGAUGAAAUACCAUCGGAAUAUGUCCAUCCCGAAUAUGUAUGAUAACCCUUUGUAUGACCAUCUUCUACAAUUGUUUGGUAAAUGACAAA